AUGUAUUAUGACUUUCCUGCAGCGCCUUUCCCUUUGAACAGUUCACGACUGGUCGACGAGAACGUGGUCAGACAAACGAUGGAAAAUAUCCGGGAUACCGUGAACAAAGUUCAAGUGUCACUUGUAGAAUCAAUCGAUGACCAAACAGAAUUACUACGAUACGCCCGUGGCGGAAAACAGGCCGGAGCGAAAAAAAAUGGUCGCCGGAAUUCGUGA